CCUAAAUCUCUACAUACCAUGAUUCAAUUAAGAAACAUGUGAUCUACAAGCGAUUCAUUGUGCUGUUUAUUGUGUAUUUGUAUGGGCGCUUUGUAUGAAUCACCUUUAUGGAAUGUGUAUCUUUUAAUUGGUCGAAUUAGUAUUAGAGUAUUUUAGCCAUUUAUAUUCAUUCAGACUACACAUUCAAUGAAGUCCAUACACAUAUUUCAUUCAAACUGGCCAAUUUAUUUGCUAUUGGUUCAUACGUCUUUGUCUAAUCUGAUCGAUAAAGACAAUAACAACAAAUUUUUAUUGGUUAAUGAAAGCUAUUUAAUUCAAUAUUCUUCAACUGUUAUUGUUAUUAUUUAUUGUUAUCGUGAUCACCACUAUUGUUACUUCAAAUUGCUUACACACACACUAUGACUGGUUUAAUAGCUGCAAAUCAAUAUAACUGGAAAGACACUAAUCUUGCUCUAUUCGGUUCUGAUGUUGAAAGAGCUGUUAAAAAGGAAUCUGCUGAGAAAGAACCUGCAUGGGAACCUGUACGAAAAGUGGCUUCUCCGACGCUCAUGGUGUGGCGUAUCAAGAAUUUCAAAUUGGAAGUUGUUAGACCUGAAGAUGUUGGCAAAUUUUUCCGUGGUGAUUCAUAUAUUAUAUUGCAUACAGACAAGCUUGGAGAGGAAUUAGUAUAUGAUGUUCAUUUUUGGAUUGGAAGAGAAAGUACAGCAGAUGAAUAUGGAACAGCAGCGUACAAAACCGUGGAGUUGGAUACUUUUCUUGAUGAUAAAGCAAUACAACAUCGAGAAGUUGAUGGAUUUGAAUCGGAAUUAUUUAAAACUUAUUUUAAUCAUUUUGAAACUUUAGCAGGUGGUUAUGUCAGUGGCUUUAAUCAUGUUAAACCGAAUGAAUAUAAACCACGUCUACUGGUGUUUCAUUCUAUUGAUCGUAAACACAUGGAAUUGCUUGAAGUACCAUUUUCACGACGUUCACUUGAUUCAACUGAUGUAUUUAUUUUGGAUAUGGGUAGUGAAGCAUUUCAAUGGAAUGGACGUGGUUCAAGUAAAGAAGAAAAAUUCAGAGCCAGUCAAUUUCUACAACAACUUGAAUCUGAUCGUAAUGGACGAUGCAAAACUGAGGUGAUAGAUGAAGAUGAUGCUGAAGGACAUAAAAAGUUCCUCAGUUAUCUACCAGAUGUUGAAAUCCCAGAAAAAGUAAAGAAAGAAGUUGGCAAUAAAGCUAUUUACAGAGUGUCAGAUGAAAGUGGUAAAAUGGAGAUUACACUUGUGUGUGAAAAUGCUCUGCCCAAGUCUUCUCUAUCAUCAAAUGACGUCUUCUUGAUUGAUACUGGUAGUUCUUUGUUUGUUUAUAUUGGAGAGAAAUGCAGUCGACGAGAAAAGUUGGAUGCUUUGUCGCAUGCACAUGAGUAUUUACAAAAGACAAAUCAUCCAUUUGCUCCAAUCACUGUGGUGUCAAAUAAUCGUCCAUCUAAAGAGUUGGAAAAAGUAUUGGAGUAAUUAUUAUUAAAUGUCUAUUCGUAUUAUUGGCUAAACAAGCCCGAAAUCAUAUUUAUGAUGUGCCUCAUUAAAUUUACUGCGCAAGAUAUAUACUACUUAAAUAUAUAUUAUAUAUAUACUCAUAUUUACCUUUGAACGCUUUAUAUAUUUAUUUCUCUACCUAUUCUGAGGUUAUAUUCCAUUGUGCCUAAUAAUAAAAGCUUAUUGAAAGCA